AUGUCCUGCAAUGACCUGUGCUCCACCGCUGGCUCCGGCCUCAUCCGGCCCCAGCCCCUGGCUGACACCGGGAACGAGCCGUGUGUGCGCCAGUGCCCCGACUCCACCACCGUGAUCCAGCCUCCCGCCGUGGUGGUCACCUUCCCCGGGCCCAUCCUCAGCUCCUUCCCGCAGGAUUCCGUGGUGGGAUCUGCUGGAGCGCCAUUCCUUGGAGCCUCUGGGGGCUCCUCCCUGGGCUAUGGGUCCGGGGGCUAUGGGGGAUUUGGCUCUGGGGGCUAUGGGGGCUAUGGAUCCCUGGGCUCUGGGGGAUUUGGCUCUGGGGGCUAUGGGGGCUAUGGAUAUGGGGGCUCCUCCCAUGGCUAUGGGGGUCUGGGGUCCUGUGGGGGCUCCUCCCUGGGCUAUGGGGGCCUGUAUGGCUCCGGGAGAUCCUUUGGCUCUUGGUCCGGCCGCUCCGGCCGCGGCAGCUGCGGCUCCUGGUAAACCCCAGGGGAAAAAUCCCGAGUGAGGUCUCACCAGCAGAUGGAAAGCGAUGGUUUCACAGGCAAAGAGCUUGGAACCGCCGCUGCUCCAUCCCACGACCACGGAUUUGCAGCUCUUCAGCCCCUUUUGAAUUUCUCCUCUUUCAGCUUUUGCCUUAAAGCUACUCCCGCCCCGUUUCUGUGUUGCCUGGGGUAAAUAAGGAACAAAAGGGCUCAAAAUGGGCCCUGUUUGUUCACAUCAGCAGCUGGGAUUUGGAAGAGAGGCCGAAUCGAUCACAUG